ACAUGGAAAGGACGUUAGAGUACAAAUAUGGUAGUCAGCAAAACAUUACAUUUACCUCAUUUUUCCACGCUAUUAGAAUAUUUUAACAACAAUUUAGAAUUUAAAAAUUGGCAUCGAGAAAGUGAAAUGGAGAGGAUGGAGUAGUAGGCCGAGUAUUUAGUAAGGAGUAUAUUAAUAUAUAAAUAAAGAAAAUUUGAAGAGUCUAGUAGGGCAUGGGUUAGUUGAUUAUUAUGCUUAAUUAUAACAUCCUCCUCCUCAUCAUCUAAUUCAAUCCUCACAUAAUUAAAUUAAAAAUGGCGGCAUACAUCAAGUCAAGAGAGUUUGGUGGGAUGAUUUUGAAGAAGAAACAAAACAAUUAUCUACCAUCUCCUCCUCGCUAUGUUAGAUUAUCAAGCAAAGAAAAUGACAACAACAACAACAGCAACGUGAGUAGAAGAUUUGGAAGAAACGAAGGAUCGGGAUCAGGAACAGGACGAGGAGGAACCCCAAAAGGGCAUGUUCCGGUAUUAGUAGGUUUUGAUGAGGAUGAACUAAAACGAUUUCUAGUUCCAACUCGGUACAUGAAUCAUCCUUCCAUUGUUAAAUUGCUUCAAUUAUCUGCAGAUGAGUUUGGUUUUAAUAAUCAAGGGGUGUUGCAUCUUCCUUGUCACCCUCAAUAUUUUGAAACCCUUUUAUGUAACCUAAAUAAUAACAAGAGAUCAUAAUUUUAAUUA